AUGGCUGGCUGCUGCUGCCGCCUGCACUUCCCCUCUACCGGAAUCUCAGGCCAACCACCCACGCCCCCUAAACCAAUUCUCUGGCACCCCAGGGCUGCACCCAAGGCCAGCCGGGGCAUGGGGACUCCAUGUACACCCCCGCCUGGUGGAGUGAACUGGCGCUUGGGGCCUCUGCGCCAUCGUUGUCCACAUAUUCCUACCAAGAUUUAUGAACAAUCAGAGAACAAAUGCCUUCUUUCAGAGUACACAGAGAAUUAUGGUAUCCAUCAACAUUAUCAACCAAGAGAAUCCUUCAAGCCCAAGAAAGAAUACCAGAAAGGGUCUGUACCAAUGGAAGGCAUCUCUACAUCAAAGAGAGAUUAUGGCCCUCACAGAGUAUUACCAGUGAAGUUAAAGCCACCUGAACAGUUCAUUCCAAAUGAAGAGAACAUGGAUUUGGUCACAACAUAUAAACAGGAUUACAAUCCCUUCCCUGUCUGUCGAGUAGAUCCUGUCAGACCACGUGAAAACAGGCAUCCAUGUAAAGACAAGAUGGAAUCUCUGGCCACAUAUAAAGCUGAUUAUUUGCCUUGGAACCAACCAAAACGGGAGCCUAUAAAACCAGAUCAAGCCUAUCGCCCGGCAGCAACAAAGUUUGAUUAUAGAACCACUCACCAGGAUGAUUUUCCCUUCAAGGGCCUAGUGACCACAGUGAGUUGCAAGCCCAAUUAUCAGCAAAAGAUGUGCAACCUACCCCUGGAAGACUUGACUAACUAUAGGCUGAAUUAUGUGGCACAUCCGCUUGAGAAACGAAUUCCAGUGGAAGUUAGCAAGUUCAAGCCCUGUGAUAUCCCCUUUGAUGGCCUCACUACUCACAAGGAGGCCUUUAGGGGAUUGGUUGGGGAGCCUGCCAAGUCCCUGAAACCUAACCCCAAGAUUAACAAUUGUGAGGGCCCCUUCUCCAAUACAACUGAGUUUCGGGAAAAGUACCAGGUGUGGCCAAUACCACAAAUGUUCUCUCGGCCCCCUGCUGUUUAUGUCCCCCCAGAUGAGAAGAUGGAUUUCAUGACAACAGUGCAGGCUCACUACACAUAUCAGAAAGGGGGCCCUGCCCAGUGUUGCCGUCCUGUGAUACAACCUAAGAAAUCAGGGCGCUUCGAAAGCUCUACUACCAACAGAGAUGACUUCAAGCAGUGGCCCACGGCCAAGCAAGAGCCCAUCAAGCCCAUUGCUCAAUUCAAUUUGCCCAAGGAUCCCAUGGACUGCCUCACGACAACCAAGACCUACUUUGUGCCUCAUCCACCAAUUAUCACAAAGAGUUGUAAACCUUUUAUUCCUCCUGCUCGGUGUCAGGCUCCUCUGAUAGGCGAAACAACCUAUAACGUCAGCUAUACUCCUAAGGAACCAGUGAAAUGCCUCGCUUCAUUUCCUGAGCCACCAGGCUACACCUUUGAUGAAGUGGACGCAUUUGGCCACAGAGUAUACCGCCCUGUGUCCCACUUGGACCAACUUGGCUCAAGGAAGAACAGUUGCCUUUCUGCAAAUAGACCAGAUGGUCCCAACCAAAGAGAGCUAGCAGUGACAGCUUGA